AUGUCGGACACAUGCCAUGAGCAAACAAAAGCCAAUGUCAAAGAACUGACAGCCACAAAGAUCUCUGUGAACAGCAAAGGAAUUAUUGAACAUUUUCAGUGUAUUCGAUGCUAUUAUACGGAAAAGUUUCAAAGUCAAACUGCAGCUGGUAAUCAAGGAUGGCAGUUCUAUUACGUUGGAUUCCCUGUAGAACCGGAAACAAAAUAUUUCAUCCAGGCUUACAAUCUACCCCCAGCAAAUAUAAAUGAUGAUUUUCCAUCGAAAUCCCUUUUGCUAACUACACCAGGCUGUAAUGACAACGUAAUGAAAUACAGCAAAAGUUGUAUUGAAAUGGGAAGUUUGUGGAAUCCAAAUGUAACUGUCUGUAAAAUAGAGACAGGAUUAGAAGUGAAUUUUACAACAAGCAGUCUUGGGCUUGAAUACUUAAUUCUGCUUUAUGAGUGCCAAAAUUAUGAAGUACUUCUUGAAAAAAACGUGGAAGCAAAAAUAUUUCCUUAUUUUGGUAAGUGGGGAUAUGACUGCCCAAGGCCUACAGAAAACCUAUCAAACUGUGUACAGAUGAAAGACAACGAUACAUUUAGAAGGCAAUUCUUCCAUCAGGUGUGGCUACAACUACGUGUUAAAGUACUGGUUAUAUAUCCAGAUGUUUGUCUUUAUCACACUGUCCUUUCUUUUGCUCAAUUUCUGCAUGAGGGCUGCCAGACUGAUGUCAUUCUAGACUUGUGGGAGAGAAGGAGAAUUGCUGAAAAAGGUCCUGUAGCAUGGCUUGCUGCUCAAAAAGCAGCAGAAGAUAGGGUGAUUUUCCUUAGUUCAAACCCUACCACUGCUGCGUGUGACAGUGCCUGUAAAAGUGUGAGAAACUACAGUAACACAGAAAGCAUGUUCUCUCUUGCAGUUAACCUCUUCUGUAGUGACAUGACAAAUCGGUCCUCUGUGCAAAAAUAUAUGGUUGUUUCUUUCAAUGAGGCGAAUGCACAAGACACUUUACCAAGUGCUCUGAAUAUCUGUCCAAAUACUGUCUUAUGAAGGACAUGAAGAAUUUCUAUAGAGACCUUUUUGCUUCAUACAACUAGGUGCAUAGCAAGAAAUUGAGAAUUAAUAGUUGUCUGGAUAUUAAGCUCUAGUCUUACAAAAGCUGUACAAUAGGGACAAAUUUAAUA